UUACAAAAGGACUGUCCUCCCUAAAGGAGGACGGUUGGUCACCUUAAGGUAUAGAUUAGUGCCUUGCAGCAAUUGGAAUCAGCAAGGUGAAGAGAUCAGUUAUCCAUUGCUAUUCUCUAAGAUCACAGGCCCAAAUAGGAGUACACUACAAAACCCCAUUCAAGGAAAUGGUCUAGAAUACUAUUUGAUUAUAUAGCAAUCUUCCUCAAAUUGAUACCAUCUUUUGUGUUAGACCCAAGCUCUUAUUUCCUCCGACCCUUUGGCAUGGGCUGUUUGCAUAAGACAGUCAAUUCAUACCCAGGGGAUGAAAGGGGCUCCAAACGAAACAAGGCUCAUCUCCCCAGUUUUAGAUUUUACGAUCUUCAAAGCAGCAAAACAAAUCAGUUAAAAUUGAAUUCCCAGAGGUUUAAUACUUUUGAGUUCCCACCAGCUCAAUUACCAGAUAUUGAUUUUAAGGUGCCAAUUAAAACAUGGAGGAAAAUUAUAUUGACGUAAGAAUCAAUGUUAUUUCCGUUGGUUUUUUUUUUUUUUUUUUUUGCAGAGUCUUGAAAAAAGGCUCUUGGCUUGCUUGUAGAUAAGCAGGCUAAGACUGCAGGUUGCAGCAAAUCAUCGCUCUCACAAUGCAACCGGCCAUCUUGCUCCUCAUCGUUGCUCUCUAGAUACCAAAGACAAAAAGAGCGAACGGGGAAUGCUGAGGUGCCGCUCCUGCACGGAGCGAAAGAACAGCCACCGCGAUUCACUCCGUUUCUACUCGAAUAAACCUGCCGCUGAAAGCCCGCAGGUCAGAGCAGGAAAACGCCACGCCCUCAGCGAAGAAGGGCGGGGUCGCGGCUUAUUGGGCCGGAGCCGGAAACGUGACAGGCUGGCUGAUGCCGCGCAAGGAGGCGGGCGAUGUUUGCUCUGUUGCAGGUGUAUUGCUAGGAUGUCCUCCUAAGUGUUGAGAAGCCUAAAAAUGUUCUUCCAAUCGGAGACUUUGCCUAGAUGGGAAUUGUAUCUUUACUUAUUUCUUUCUUUUGGCUCCCAUUUUUAUUCUUUCUAUGAAGUCUUCCAAGCUUCUCAAGAGUACGAAGAGGAACUUGAUAGAAAAUUUGAACUGGAGAAAAAUGUACUGGGGUUGAGAAAGGAUCCAGUUGAUUUUGAAUGGAGUUUCUGGAUGGAAUGGGGCAAAGGAUAUAUACUGUGGCUUCUUUUGGGCCACCUGAUGGUAUCACUGAUAUCCAGCAUCUAUAUGGAAAAGUACAAACCUUGGUUUCUGUUAGUGUACGGAAUUGCUGCCUGUUGGUUUCUACUGGGAUCCAAAGGACUGACUAUGAUUUUUCUACAUAUCAGUAUCUCAUAUUUAGUAGCCCAGUUGAAAAAUCCAGUGCUUACAUGGUUGACGUCUUUGCUUCUGUUGUCAACUCUGCAUCUAUCUGCCAUAGAAGAAGUGAAGAGAGGUUGGUAUGCCAGUGAAAAUGAGUACUAUCUACUAGUUUUCACCCUGAUUGUGCGCUGUCUCUAUUAUACAAGCUUCAGUCUGGAAUAUUGUUGGGAUAGGACUACCGAGCAUUCAUUUCUUUGGAUGUUAUCAUAUACAUUCUAUUAUCCUGUGUUUCACAAUGGACCUGUUAUCACCUUUGAUGAAUUUUAUACACAGAUGAGCAGACAACAAUCCUGCAAUUGGAAGUCCAAUCUAUCUAUUUUCAUCUGGGGAGCCAUUCGUAUUUUGAUUUGGUGGUGGUUGGCAGAAUUGAUGAUUCAUCUUAUGUAUAUGCAUGCUAUCUACAGUAGCAUUUCACACCUGGAAGCAGUAACUUACUGGACGUUAGGUGGCCUUGCACUGGCCCAGGUCCUAUUUUUUUAUGUGAAAUACCUUGUACUUUUUGGUGUUCCAGCACUUGUUAUUCGCAUGGAUGGACUCAAGCCUCCCGAUUUACCUCGUUGUGUAAGCACCAUGUACAGUUUUUCUGGAAUGUGGAGAAGUUUUGAUGUUGGAUUACAUAGGUUCCUUAUCAGGUAUAUUUACGUCCCAAUGGGAGGAUCUCAUUGCAGCAUGUUUAAGAUGGUGCUUUCGACUGCCAUCACAUUUGCUUUUGUAAGCUACUGGCAUGGAAGCCACAGCUAUCUUUGGUCCUGGGCUGUGCUUAAUUGGCUUGGAGUAACAACUGAAAAUGGAGUGAAGAGGAUUGUUUCUUUUCCAAUUGUCCAUAAUUUUAUUAACCGGGUUUUAUCCCCAAGUGGAAUUCGUCGGUUACAUGCAGUAAUGGCAGCUGUAUCCACCACAUUCUUGAUUUUUUCCAAUCUCAUUUUUCUUGGUGGAAAUGAUGUUGGCAGAAUUUAUUGGAACAAGAUCUUCAAAGAAGGCAAGUUAAGUGAAUUUGAAUUUUUCUUUAAAAAUUAUUAAAAAUUCCUGCAUGGAUAUACAUUGUUGGUAUAUAUUAAUCUUGAUACUACAACAACAACAAUUUGGCUUGUUGGCUUUCAAACUGAUCAUUGUUUUUAUUUUGUUUUAUUUGAGAUGCAUUUUCUACCAAAACUAUAUUUAGAUCCUGAUGGUAAGAAUAAUAAUAAACAUUGCUUUGUGUAAUUUUAAUCUAAUUUAGUGAAUUUAUCAAACUGCAAAUUAUUUGUCAGUAUUAGCAUGGAGUGAGGUAAAAUUUACGUUUUUCAUCAGUAAAGGAUAUAUUAAGAUAAGAGUUAUGUUUUAUAUAAUUAAACUGAAGAUUGUAAGAGAGUUUUUAUAGUCUUUUGAAAUUAUAACACUGAAUAGUCAGAAAGCCAUGCAGAGUAGGCUGUACUGCAAUUAGGAGCAUAUGAGAACACAACAGCAACACUUAUGCAGCCGUGUUAGUAGGCACAUCUUUUCUUAGGAUUUCUUAGUUGCCCCCUUGCAAACAGAUGCAGAGUUUGUGUUUCCACGUGCACCACCACACUUUGUUUUUGAAAUAAAGCAUUGCCCAGCCAAAUAUACAAUAUUCAGAUUGUUUACAUUCCUGUAUAUCAUAAUUCCUUAUUUUAUUUACAAUAUUUUACUCUUUUGUAAUUUCAGUAUAUAAUGAAUUUUAUUACCAGUUUUAAAAAGUUGUGGAGUUGUUUAGAAUUUUUAUUCCAAUGAAUAACAAUUGUUGAUGCUGAAUAAAACCUUAAGUGGGUUUAUAUGUGAUAUGUGCUUGGCAUAUGCAGUUGAUACCCAUUUAACUGAUAGAAAAUGUACACUCACUUUCUUCGGUUCAAGGCUUCGAGAUAACAGGGCUACAAUUCCCACUGUGUUCAGCCGUCAUGACAGCUCCAUAUAUUCCUGUUGAAGCUACACUGAAAACUAUUAGAUUAAUUUAGUGCAUUUAUGGAGAUGUCUCUGUAUCUGUUAUUCCAAGAAACUAAAUCUGUCCCCUUGUUGUCCUUCAGGAAGACCCUAAAUAUUUCCAGUCCAAUAUAUCUUUGUGGUACUUACAUUUUUCUGAAAAAUGUUUGAAUCUCAGCACAAUUAUGACUUUUCAUUUGAGCACUUUUAUUUCCUUCGGGCAAUUCAUUUUAACAUUCAACAAUAGAUAUGUGUUUUCCAUGUAAUUAGGCACAUAAUUUUGAAUGACAAUCUGUGUGAACCCAAGAAUGGCCUGUAUGGUGGCGGUCCCCAACCCCCAGUCCAUGGCAUGCCAGCAAUCGGUCUGCACAAACAAGCAAAGCCCUAUUCACGGGAUGCAAGCACCAUACAAAACCACGCACCUCUCUCCAUGGAACCAGUCCCUGGCGCCCAAAAGGUUGGGGAUCUCUGCUAUAUGGAAUCAAAUAUACAGUUUUUCCUGACAUGAAGAGGGUCUACCUCUGUUGGAAGUCAAGUAGGAUAGUUUUAUCUCUUUCAGUCCCAAAUUAGGCUUGAACUUCUGAGAAAUUUCAUCAGGCCUAUCAAGCCUGGCUUUGCUUUUACAAAAUUUAUCUGUUAAUUUUGACUUUAAGCCUAUUUUGAGUAUAGGUAGAAUAGAUGCAGUUAGUGAAUUGGUUGAGAGCAAUUAUUAUUCCUUGCAAGAACUUGAAAAUAAAGUUAAUUGCAUGAUCCAACAAUUCCCGUUAUUUACUUUCUGCUAUGAAUGCUUACCUUUCUAUAUAUGUGUGAAACCAGUACUGGAUGAAUAUACUGUUCUAGUUAUGUAUUGCUUGAUUCUCCUAUAUGGCAUUUGAGAAGUUUUAAUGCAAACUAAUCUGCUGCUUGGUUCUCAUUAAGAUUAAGAUUUUUAAAUUUUAUUUCUUAGUUUUACAAAUAACUCAAAGUGACAAACAUAGCUAAUACUCCUUCAUCUUCAUAUUUUCCUCACACCAACAACCCUGAAAGAUGUGUUGGGCUGAGAGAGACUACCUGGCCCAAAAUGUCCCACCCAGCUUUCAUGCCUUAUGCAGGACUAGAACUCACAGGUCUCCUAGUUUCUAGGCGAGCACUUUUACCACUAGAC